CAAAGAUGGUGAGUACACAGCCUGCUGUGGCAGCAGUGUUGGCAGCAGCUAGCGGCAUCAUACGAUCCCGCAUGUUGGCUUCGUCUGGCGCUGUCUGAACGAUCCUAGCAGCAUCUGCGGAGAGUGCAUGGAGCGUUGCACAGACACAGCGAGCUGCUGCCACUCUGCUCGAAGCGUCGUGCCCCUGCCAGAGCUGACAUGGAAUGCACAGGACCCGACAGGAGCAGUGACAGUGCGAACGCGCAAGUUCCUCACCAACCGACCACUGCAACGCAAGCAGAUGGUCGUCGAUGUCCUCCACCCGACUCGUGCCAACGUCUCAAAGGACGAACUGAGGGACAAGCUAGCAAAGAUCUACAAGUCGCCCAAGGAGCAAGUCAUCGUCUACGGCUUCAGGACCCAGUUCGGUGGUGGUCGUUCGACUGGCUAUGCGCUCAUCUACGACUCCAAGGAUGCACUCAAAUUUGAGCCAAAGUACCGUUUGAUCCGAUUCGGACUCGCAGAGAAGAAGGAGAGGACAGCCCGCAAGCUGCGCAAGGAGCGUAAGAACCGUGCAAAGAGUAUGUUCCUCGCCCUCACACGAACCGCCUGCCCGCCCGAGCUCACCUUGUGUCCGCAGAGUUCAGAGGCACGCAGAAGAUCAAGGGCUCAGAGGCGACAAAGGGCAAGAAGUAGACAGCCUGCCCGGUCUUGCUGUGUCAUUGCAUUGACUGCAUAA